AUGUGGAAUGCCAUGAAAGAGGCCGGAUGGAUUUUCCGUAACGAUGAGUCGGUCCCUUCCGCUACUCGACCAGCACCUAGCCAGGAAACGGACCAAGACUCGGAUUCUUCAUCGCCUGCGCGAAUUAUGCCUUCGUCACCUACACUACCACAUACUGACUUUUUUGGCUUGGAUUCGCACUUUACAUCGAGCUCCGAAUCCGAGUCCGAUACGGAUGCCUAUCUUGGGACACCCAUGACCACGACGGCCUCAGAAGGCCCUUCGUUGCCGCCCAGUACAGCGCCCAGUCGAGAUGUAACACCACAACCCACCGAGGAUGAGGAUGUUGAACGAGACACCAUCGCAUUGUCUAGUACUGAAUUAUCUGAUCAAAAAGAGCUGCAUUUCCCCAUUCCGGCCGUGUCAUGGGCUGUCCACAUUUCCACUUUAUACCUGGAAGUCCUGAAUAAAAAAACGCCUGCAGAUAAAGUCAAAACGCCUUUGGGCUCCACCGCCCAACGAUAG